AUGUCGGAAGUUCCAGCCUUUGUCGAGGUAUCUUGCGAUAAUGGCAAUGAGUACGAUGGCCGACUGGGCCUCCGAAUAUCCUCCAUUUUCGUAAUUGGAUUUGGGUCUAUGCUUGGCGCCUUGCUGCCAAUUGCUCUUGCGAGAACAAAGCGCAUGCAUGUUCCUCCUGUAGCAUUCUUCAUUGCGAAGUAUUUCGGUUCGGGAGUAAUCGUUGCUACAGCAUUCAUACAUCUUAUGGCACCGGCCACAGAAGCGCUUCAAUCACCAUGUUUGACCGGCGCGAUUACGGAAUACAGCUGGGCGGAGGGGAUUGCCCUUAUGACCAUCUUCACCAUGUUCUUCAUUGAACUGAUGGCCUCAAGAUUUGAUGUUUUUGGUAGCCAUGAGCACGAAAGCGAGACUGUUGAUCCUGCGAAGAACUUGUUGCGAGAUACCGAGAAGGAUGGUGGGUCGGACAGUGCAUUGAAGAAGUCAUCCAACGGAUAUGGCCAUGCAAGUGCGAGUGCAGCUUCAACUGUCAACAAUGUCGUCGGCGAAGGGGCAUCGAGAGUGAUAUCCAAUGGGCGUGUACCAGGAAGGGAAGAUGAUUUCAGCUAUCCUCCCGGAGGUCAAGAUCACCUGGGACACAGUCGGUCUCACUCCGAUGAUGACGAGCAUUUCGCAGCACAGAUGACAGGACUUUUCAUCCUCGAAUUCGGCGUCAUAUUUCACUCGAUAUUUAUAGGUCUCACUCUAGCUGUUGCAGGAUCAGAGUUCAAUGUCCUAUACAUCGUGCUCUCAUUCCACCAAACAUUCGAGGGUCUCGGUCUCGGAUCCCGACUAGCAACUGCUGCGUGGCCGAAAAGCAAAAGCUGGCUGCCAUGGGCAAUGGGAGCAGCAUUCGGUCUCACCACACCACUCGCUAUUGCCAUUGGACUUGGUGUGCGUAGCAGCUUCGAGCCAGGGAGUGCUCGAACUCUCAUUGUACAAGGUGUCUUCGACGCUAUCAGUGCUGGGAUUCUGAUCUACACGGGACUGGUAGAGUUAAUGGCUCACGAAUUCAUGUUCAACCCAGAGAUGCGAAAGAGCUCUAUCAAGAUAAUGCUUUUCGCUUAUGGCUGCAUGUGCCUCGGAGCUGGACUCAUGGCUGUCCUUGGGAGAUGGGCUUGA